CAGGUAAAAUCAAAACCCAAUAGUGGCAGGCAGCAGCAAAUUAAAUGUGAAUUAUUAAAAAGAAAAUGGCCCAACAGAGUACUGUACUUCCUUCUCUUGUCACUGAGGAAAGGCAUAAUAUAUGGAAAAUAUGCAUCUAAGGCGUGUUAGAACCAUGCCCCGACACAGCCAGUCCCUGACCAUGGCACCCUACUCAUCGGUGAGCCUGGUAGAGCAGCUGGAAGAUAGGAUCCUUUGCCAUGAGAAGACCACCGCUGCCCUUGUGGAGCACGCCUUCCGGAUCAAGGAUGACAUCGUUAGCAGUCUGCAGAAAAUGCAGAACAAAGGAGGAGGCGACCGUUUGGCCAGGCUUUUCUUGGAGGAGCACAUCAGAAACAUAACUGCCAUAGUGAAGCAACUUAAUCGGGAUAUUGAGGUACUCCAGGAGCAGAUUCGUGCCAGGGACAACAUUAGCUAUGGAACUAAUUCUGCCUUAAAGACCCUGGAGCUGCGUCAGCUCUCUGGUUUGGGAGAUCUUCGAGGGAGAGUGGCAAGAUGUGAUGCCAGCAUAGCCAGACUCUCCGCAGAGCACAAAACGACCUAUGAGGGGCUCCAGCACUUGAACAAAGAGCAGCAAGCUGCCAAACUUAUCCUGGAAACCAAAAUCAAAGACGCAGAGGGACAGAUUUCUCAGCUUUUGAACAGAGUGGACUUGUCAAUAUCAGAGCAGAGCACCAAACUGAAGAUGUCCCACAGAGAUAGUAACCACCAGCUUCAGCUUUUGGACACUAAAUUUAAAGGUACAGUUGAGGAACUCAGUAACCAGAUUUUAUCUGCACGGAGUUGGUUGCAACAGGAACAAGAACGGAUAGAAAAAGAGCUUUUAGAGAAGAUUGAUCAGCUUUCCUUGGUUGUUAAGGAAAACAGUGGAGUCACCGAAAGAGAUAUGGAAAAGAAGCUCAGCCAGAUGUCAGCCAGACUUGACAAAAUAGAAGAGGGCCAAAGGAAGACUUUCGAUGGGCAAAGAACAAGACAAGAAGAGGAGAAACUGCAUGGGCGAAUCACCAAGCUGGAGUUACAGAUGAACCAGAACAUGAAGGAAAUGAAAGCAGAAGUUAAUGCUGGGUUUACAGCUAUCUAUGAAAGCAUAGGAUCCCUCAGGCAAGUUCUCGAGGCCAAGAUGAAGUUGGACAAGGACCAGCUCCAGAAGCAAAUCCAACAGAUGCAGAAGCCAGAAACUCCCAUGUGAAGGGAAUUGGGACAAGGACCUAAAAGAAAGUUUUGCCCGUGGGUCUAGAAGCUAGAUACCUCUGUAGCCAGGUCGUCGCUGCAUUCAGGAUGGUUCCAUCCAUGGCGUGCAUGUGCCAAGAAUUGUGUUUUCAUGAGUCUAAAUGUUUACCUUGAGUCUUGGAAACACUACUCCUUUAAAAGUAUGGAAUACACAUUUUACCAUUUUAUUUCUCUUCUCUAAAUUCAAUGGAAUUCUGCCCCUGCCCUGGAUUUCGAAAGGCUUUUAUCUUCUUCAUGUUAUGAAUGGAAAGACAACAAUUUUUCUUCAAUGCUUGAUGCUGUACCCAAGACUGUUUACUAUCUUGAGAAAUGUCAUGGUGAUUUUUUAAAAUUAAGAAACCAAUGAAUUGUCACAGGAAUGUGUUGCUCCUCACCCCAAAUUAAGAGACUGUCCCAGUAGAUUAGAAUUCAACCUUUGAGUCCAUACUUGGAUUUUAUUAUUGUUGUCUAUGCAUUUCUUAUAUUGGUUAUCUCCCUGUAAAUCUUUUGUCUUUUGUAAGGUGAAAGGAUUUGAUACUUGGAAGAAACCCCACCAAUUAUGUAAUGAAAAUAGUUUAGCAAUUCAUAACUGCCAUAUAGAUUGCAAAUUAAAUGGAAACUUACUUAGAUGAUGUAAGGCAAAAUAUCUUUAUCGACCACCUAGAUAUAUUAGGUUUUAAUACUUAAAAUAUUUUUGGAUUAUCCACAGCCUGUGUAGUAAUAGCCAUAUAUUUAACAACAGAAUGGUGGUUAAUAGUCUAUUCACUAUUCGUAACAGAAUGUUAUAAUUUUUCUGACUUUAUGAUCUCACUAAAUGUUUCCAAGAUUGGCAAAAAUGCUAAGGUUUAAAUAUACUUGUUGUAACUGUAUUCUUGUGCCUUGGUUUUAUCAUGUCAAUGCACUGUACCCUAUAAAAAUUUUGCAGGCAAAAUAGCAGGCAUGAUAUGGGAUCCUCUGUAUUUUUUAAAUGUUCUAAAAAUUUUAUCACUGUUGAGACAUUAAUUGUUCAGUAUUAUUAAUGGAAUAGAAAUUCACACUUUUGUAUGGACAAAUAAUCAAAUUGAUAUUGCAUUUAUAACACUGUCAAGAAACUUUCCUCUUGAGCAACUUUGUAGAUGAUGGUUGUUUUAUUUUCAAUCGCCAUAUUUGACUAGUCAGUGAAAAUUGACUCCAGUGCCGUCUGUUCACCUCUGUAUGUAAAAACUGAUAGUGAAACACACCGUUUUAAACUGUGAGGGUGCCCCAGGAAGAAGAAAAACAGAAACAUUUAGAAAAUUUAAAAUAAUUUUUUUUCCGCCAAGGACUCAGGAAAAAAAGCACAUUUUCUAUUUUUAGGAUAAAGCAGAAAUGAAAUUUCUAACUGGCUUUUACUGUUUACCCACAUAAAGUACGCUGCUAAAGUAUGUAAUAUUUUCCUCUCAAUGGCUUGACAAAUUUUUAAAAAUUUGGAUAUGAGAGGUUAUAAAGGAAUAUGUCAUUCAACACAUAUUUUCUUAUUUUGUCACAAAUUUCCAUUUAACAAAGAAAAAAGAGGUUAAUGCUCUUUUGCAA